GCGGUGGGGGCGGCGCUAAGCGGGUGGGCGUGGUGGGUGAUGACGCGUCGGUCGGCACCCAAGCCCGGCCUCCUCCACCUGUUCACGGGCAAGUACCUCCACCCGCAGCGCUGCUCGACGACCUUCCACUGGGACGACCCCUCCACCGUCGGCACCACUGUGGCCUUCACUGUCCAGUUUUUCCAACGAAAUGGACGACCGUACCCGAUUAGUGAUGCUGAUGGUGUCUUGGUGGAGAUAACACAAGGCAUACAUAAGGUAGGAGUAGUGACCGAAUUAGGAGGCACCGGUGAUGCACAGAUCAACACUGCAAGAUGCAAGUUCACUGCCCGUCAGGCCGGACAGUACAAGAUCUCCAUCCUCCUUGCCAACCAACAUAUCCGUGGCAGUCCUUUUGUCAAGAACUUUCUGCCAGGACCCCCAGACCCAAGCAAAACUGUGAUGGUGCAGCACAGCUCAACUGUUGUGUGCACAGCUAACCAGCCUCACCACAUCCUCAUAGAACCCCGUGACCAGUACCACAAUGUCUGCUCUUUCCCACCUGGACAAGCUGACACUAGUAACUACUCCAUCUCCAUUGUAGAGCUGGAAGGUGGAUGGACAGUUGAUGCUGGGAGCAGCAUUGUUUAUGAUCACACAACACGUCGCAUCAGUAUCCAGGUCACCCUCAAACGUCCAGGCUGCUACCGGGCACACCUGACUUACUGCAACACCACCCUUACCAAUGGCAACUUUGACAUUAUUGUUUUAACUAGUGACGAUGCCUUGCGUGUUCAGAAGACAGUGAUGAGAAGAGUUCACGAAGGAUAUGAAGCCCGGCUUCUAACUCAAAAUGGAUCUCAUCUUACCAAGCCAAAAAAAGUGUAUUGUUAUGUCACCCCAAAGCAGUUGAUCAUCAAGGAGUUCCUGUUCCGUCUCAUACCAAAGCGAGUGUGCACGUUCCGCCUCUGCCCAUCCACCAAGUUCCAUUUCACUGGCACCAGCAACCAGAUUGGGCUUCCAACCAUGAGCAUAGACGAUGGUUGCCAGCCGCUGGUCUUCCUGGCUGCCAAGGACCGUAAUGUGAUAGCCUCCACCUUCACCCAGUUCAUGCUAAAGAACAUCGGAGGUUCAGAGACCUUCAAGGACAAGCAGGACCACUUCUAUCACGAGGUGCGCAAGUACCACAGCAAGCGCAUGCAUGAUAGGAUUCAGAUCACCGUCUCCAGAGAGAAGCUGCUGGAGUCAUCCAUGAAGGCAACAAAGAACUUCACUGUGGCAGACUGGUGCAAGAACUUCGAGAUUACGUUCCAGGGGGAGGAGGGCCUGGACUGGGGGGGUGUGAGGCGCGAGUGGUUUGAGCUUAUCUGUGCUCAGUUAUUUGACAAUAAUAAUGGUCUCUUCACUAGUUUACAUGAAGGCCAGCAAGCUUUAGUCCACCCAAAUCCAGACAGACCUCCCCAUCUAAAAUUAAAACAUUAUGAAUUUGCCGGGAGGGUUGUGGGGAAGUGCCUAUAUGAGUCGGCCCUUGGAAGUGGCUAUAGACAGACUGUGAGGGCAAGGUUCACAAGAUCGUUUCUGGCACAGCUGAUUGGGCUGCGGGUGCACUACAAGCACUUUGCUCAAGAUGACCCUGAACUGUACAAUGGAAAGAUACGUCAUCUGCUAGAACAUGGAGUGGACAAGCUGGAUGAUGAACUGUUCUUCAUUGAAGAGUAUAUACAUGCCACUGGACAGAUCAAGGUUGUUGAGCUGGAGCCUGGAGGAACAAACCGUCAGGUGACAAACAACAAUAGACUUCAGUAUUUAGAUGCAAUUGCGCAGUUUAGACUUUCUGCAAGAGUCCGUAAUGAAGUGGAUGCCUUCUUAGCUGGUUUAAAUGAGAUUAUUCCAGACAACCUACUAUGCAUAUUUGAUGAAAAUGAAUUAGAGUUACUAAUGUGUGGAAUUGAGGAGUACAGCAUUGCAGACUUCAAAGCCAACCAUGAGGUGAAUGGAUCAUCUCCAGAGUUUCGACGUGUACUGUACUGGUUCUGGACAGCUGUUUCGAACUUUACUGAGGAGGAGAUGGCACGACUCCUUCAAUUCACUACAGGGUGUUCCCGUCUCCCCCCUGGUGGAUUCGCGCAGCUGUCCCCCCGCUUCCAAAUCUCAGCUGCUCAUACAUUUGGUGUGCUACCCACUGCUCAUACUUGCUUUAAUCAACUUUGUCUGCCAGAUUACGACAGCUAUGAGCAGUUUGAAAAGGCCUUACUGUUGGCUAUCAAAGAAGGAUCUGAAGGAUUUGGAAUGGUUUAGAGCCAAAGAAAAGGGAUUUACUUUUUUUAUUAGUUCAGUGCAGACAUGAAGAUUCUGGAGAGGAGAUUCAUGAACCUUAAAGUGCUUCUAAGAAGAUACCAUUUCUUUGGCAGUAAUAUUCAGCAAAUUAUUUCUUUACAGUUGAAUAUAAAAAUGUCAGUUGUAUGUCACAAUAUUAUAUUACUUGGCAACAUUGCAGGGGUUGUAGGCAAUGCCAUAAAAAAGAAAUGGAGAAAAAUAUUACAAAGGGAAGAUUUCCAAAGACCAAAAAUGUUUUUAUCACAAUGGACCACUAACUGAAGUCAGUGUGAAGGUAUGUGUGCGUGUAUAUUUGGUGUAAAAGUAAUAAAUUCUCUAUAUUCCUCACCCAUGUUCAUGGUGCCCAUAUAUAACAAAUGUUACAUAAGAGAUUCACUAUUUUUUCAUUCUUUCUUUUGUUAUCAUUAUUUUUUCAUAAGACACAGCCAAAGCUUGUAAAGUUAGUACAGUAUUGUAAAAAAAAAUGAAAAGAAAGCAGUAUGUAAUUUAUCCAUCCAAGACAGUAAUUUAGAGCAUUCUGCACAGGAACCUAAUUCAGGUUAUUCCACAUGAACUUGAACACCUAGACUUAUCUUAAGUUGAUAGACAGAGAAGAUAAAAAAAAAUGAAUGUGUGAAAUACAUUCACAUACUUCUCUUCAGUGUGCAACAAACCAUAUUUAGAAAUUCAGACGAUUGUCAGUCAAGUGUUUGUAUCACCUCUUUUUUGAGUCCUGCACGCCUUGUAGCUCUAGAUACCCUUCAAAUCAAAAUAAUCAUCAAAAAGCCUGUGCAUGCUAGAAGAGUUUUGAGCUAGGGUUUUCUCCACAGGAAAGCCUGGAGUACGUGAUCUCAAGUUCGAUGGGAUGUUAGGUCAAUAUUGCCACCUCUACUGUAGCGCGUAAUAUAAGUUUAUCAGAGGGAAAUCAAUUAAAUUACAGCUUUUUUAUGUUAAGGUGGUUGUCUGAAAGAUAUCAGAGGCUAUUUUUGUGUGUGUAGGUCUACACUUCUGUUAGAAGCAAGAAUGAAUUGUCAUACAUCAUGUCAAAACUAAUGAAUGGUACUGUCAUUUAGGUUUUUGUCUCUAAGAAGCAUGAUGGCACCCUCGAGGUAUUUAUUGUUUAUAAAAACAUACAUUUCUUAUUUUGUAAUUUGCUUAUUUGAAUAUAUGCUUUCUAUGUUUUAAAACUGCCAGUGAUUGUAAAUAUUUUUUUUUCUUUGAGCAGUAAAUGUGUUCAUAGUACUCAUUGCCUUGCCAUGUAUGAAUUGCAGUCAACGAAAUACUGCACUGUGAUGUGGGAAUAAUAAUAAUAAUAAUAAUAGUGAUAUAGUUAAGUUACCCCCAGAAUCUAUAGAGCAAUGGAAGGUGGUAGCUCUUCUGCAUGAUGCCCUGAAUAUAACUACAUAUUCAGAAGAGUACAUAAUAAUGCUUUAAUAUGGAGGCAUUAAGAUUCUUUUUUUAUAUAUAUAAUUUUCCCCUAGUUACAUAUAUGUAAAUCUGUAUGUAAGGCAUUAUAUUUUGUAUACUGAGUCUGUUUGAAAGUGUGAAGCUUGGGUAGUUGCAAUCCUGUCUCUUUAUUUUUUUUAUUUUUUUCAUAUAUAUACUUAGAAAAGGUUAUGUAUAUGUAUAAUUAAUUUGUGUGUUCACCUGUUUUGAUCUUGCAGUUAAGCAACAGCUCUUAAAUAAAUUUUAAAGCUCCUGAGAGUUUGUCACCAUAGAAUGAAUCUCAUUUUGUGAAAUUUUGAUUAUUAGAAAUUUAGUUGAAUGAUAUUAAGUGUAAAUAAAUCAAUGUUAUACAAUUUUGUUCUUUAAUUGUCUAAAGAACAUUGACUGGUAAUGAAUGUAACUUUAAACUCAGUGUAUCAUAAUAAUUUAAUCCACUUAUGGGAAGUACAUGCAGUCCACUGUAAUUUUAAUUUGUCAGUUUUGUUUAUACAUAGGUAGCUUCACAAGCACUUAGGUCACCAAGGAGUCGGUUACUAGGCAUGCCUGAGCUCACAUGCUCACCAUAUUCUGAAUAUUCUUCAGAAAAUUCAAGGGAUUUAGUAAACAUUUGAAUUCAAGUUGGCUGACUCCUUUGUAACUGAGCACUUGUGAAGUCAGUGUGUAAACAAAAUUACAUGACUAAAAUUAGUGAACACGGCAUGCAUAUGUGUCAUCCCAGCAUCAGUGAAUUAACAUCAUUCAGUAAUUACAUUCAUAGUACAAGUCUGUAUAACUGCCAGUGAAUUUUAGUUUAGACAGUUCAGUACUCUUACAAUUGUACCUAUAAUGAAUCUUUUAUGAGAAAAGUAAGAGAUGUUCUAUAAUUAAAUGAUGGAGAUAUUGGUAAAAGACUGGACAGGUGAAUAUAAAAAAUAAAUAUAUCUAAUAUGCAAUUUGUACUACCUCAGGCUGUGAAAAUGUGGAUUAACAGUGGAAAUGCUAGUCAUAAGAUGCUUAGUGUUGGUAGGUGUGUGAAACUGAUACUGCAUUGCUGACUGACGUGAACUUUAAGCCUGUUAGGAUCAUUAAUCAUGUUAAACAGCAUUUGCAAAUUAAAUAGAAGAUCUGAGCUGUACUUUUUUUUGUUUAUUCAGUGCUGCUGCUUAAAUUAUAUUUUUAUCAAUUUUUAAAUUUAUUAUCUUUUAAUCAUCUUAUUCAUGUCUUCAUAUCACACUGUUGACAAUAACAAAUUAUGCAAUAAUGCCAACUUCUUGGUUGACCUGUUAGCUUACUUUAUGUAAAAUAUGCCCAAAUAAGCUCAUACCAAGAAAGCAAA